AUUACUCGGUUGUACUCAAAAUCAGCCUUUUUUUCCCCAUCAGAUUUUGUUUGGUUGCUCUAUUUACUUGUUUCUAUUGUGUUAGAUGCUUAUAUGCAUGGUCUUGUAUAUUGUAGCUAGGGUUUUGAUCUGUUGGCGUUUGUGCUUUUAUCCCGUGCUUGUUGCUUAUCCUCGGUAAUGAUUGCAAUUAAGGUUUAAGUUUGAUUUGGAGCUUCUUUUGAUGCAAAUAGUUUGCGAAGUUAUAUGGAUGCGUCAUUUUCUUGUGAUUAGUUAAUUGGGUCUGCCUAAUUGGCUGUUUUCUGAUGGAGGAAUCCCGUUACUGCUUGUGUUGCAUUAUCAUAUGCUUAGUUGAAUUUUCUAGAAUUCCUGUUUUAUGGGUUACUUACGGGUUUUUGGUUUUGAGUAGUUUUUUUAUUUAAUCUGAAUUUAUGGUUACUGAAUUGGAUUUUUUUUUGAACGGUUUUGGGCUUAGUUUUUGGAAUUGAUGGCGUCCAAGUUGCAGCAGUUGCAGUCCAAGGCAUGUGAAGCUUCUAAGUUUGUGUCUAAGCAUGGAACUGCCUACUACAAGCAGUUGUUGGAGCAGAAUAAGCAAUAUAUUCAGGAACCUCCCACUGUUGAGAAGUGCAACUUGUUGUCAAAGCGGUUGUUCUACACUCGACUUGCUAGUAUUCCCAAUCGUUGUGAAUCAUUUUGGAAGGAACUUGACUAUGUGAAGAAUUUAUGGAAGAAUAGACAGGCGCUGAAAGUCGAAGAUGCUGGCAUUGCUGCUUUGUUUGGGCUGGAGUGCUUUGCUUGGUAUUGUGCUGGUGAGAUUGUGGGAAGGGGAUUUACUUUCACUGGUUACUAUCCUUGAGAAGAAGAGCUUCAUAUAAUGUGUUUCGCGGGAUUGAAUAUGUGAGCUUCUGUUGUCCUUUGAGCGAUUGAAUCGCAAGCACUUUACUUGCAAAUUUUUGUUUUUCUGCAAAAUUUUUGAAGCUGAGAAAUCAGUGGGUUACUGUGAUUGCCUCAAUAAUUUUACAUUUGAAGCUGCUUAGGAUGUUACUGACGAUCGAUUAACUUUGUUAAAGUUCAUCGUUACUCAUGAAUGAUGAUAAUGCUACAAGUUUUUCUA